CUUUUCUUUGUAUUUCCCUUUGGAAUCAAAUUGCCAUCACGUUUUCCGUCGGUCUUCCAUUCUCAAAUUCUGAUCUCACAACCCUUCUCUGUAACAAUAGACGAAAGCUUGAUGGUUGGGGAAGAAUGAGGAUUUGAGAUUCAGUUAGUUUUCAAUCGACCUAGGUUUAUCGAUACAGAAAAAAGAAAAUGGGUAGCGCUACUGACAGUAAGAAGGAAGUGAUUCGAUUGGAGCGUGAAUCGGUUAUACCUAUCUUGAAGCCCAGGCUCGUCAUGACUUUGGCCAAUCUUAUUGAACACAGUUCUGACCGGUCAGAGUUCUUGAAGCUCUGCAAGAGAGUCGAGUACACAAUUCGAGCAUGGUAUCUUCUUCAGUUUGAAGAUCUCAUGCAAUUGUAUUCACUCUUUGAUCCUGUCCAUGGGGCUCGAAAGCUGGACCAGCAAAAUCUAUCAUCACAAGAAACUGACGUUCUUGAACAGAAUUUCCUGACAUAUAUGUUUAAGGUGAUGGAGAAGAGUAAUUUUAAGAUCUGCACCAAUGAGGAGAUUGAAGUUGCACAUUCCGGGCAGUAUCUUUUAAAUCUUCCUAUCACAGUGGACGAAUCAAAGAUUGAUAAGGACCUUCUGAAGCGGUACUUUGCAGAGCAUCAUCAUGAAAACCUUCCCGACUUUGCUGAUAAGUAUGUAAUCUUCCGACGAGGCAUUGGAAUUGAUCGGACUAUUGAUUACUUUAUUAUGGAGAAGGUGGACAUGAUCAUUUCACGUCUAUGGGCAUGGAUUAUGAGAGUAACCAGGCUAGGAAAGCUUUUUUCUAGAAAAUCCAGUGCCCGAGUUAAGAAUGAUCCAAAGAAAGACGAUGAAAUUACAAAUGAAGAAUAUCCGGAUGAUUUAUAUGUUGAGCGUGUCCGGAUUGAGAACAUGGAUAUCAGCUUACGGAAUUUGAUGAGUAAGAUCACAAUCCAAGAACCUACAUUUGAUAGGAUAAUUGUCGUAUACAGGGGAGCGGGCACGAAGGGAGAAAAGGAACGGGGAAUCCAUGUGAAGCAUUUCAAGAACAUCCCAAUGGCAGAUAUGGAAUUAGUCCUACCGGAGAAGAAAAAUCCAAGUUUAACCCCUAUGGACUGGGUGAAAUUUCUCAUUUCUGCUGUAGUUGGACUGGUAGCUGUCGUUGGUUCGAUUGAGACUCCUCAAGCUGACUUUUGGGUCAUGUUUGCCAUUCUCUCUGCAGUUGUUGGUUAUUGUGCCAAAAUAUACUUCACGUUUCAGGCAAAUAUGGUUGCAUAUCAGAGCCUGAUUACACAAUCGAUGUAUGACAAACAGCUAGAUAGUGGAAAAGGCACUCUUCUUCAUUUGUGUGAUGAUGUGAUUCAACAAGAAGUAAAAGAGGUGAUAAUUUCUUUCUUUAUACUGAUGGAACAAGGCAAAGCCACUUUAGAGGAUCUUGAUCUACAAUGCGAGGAGCUAAUUAAAGAGGAGUUCGAUGCAAGCUGCAACUUCGAUGUGGACGAUGCAGUUCACAAGUUAGAACAGAUGGGCAUCGUUACUAGGGAUUCAAUUGGAAGAUAUUACUGUGUUGGUUUGAAGCGUGCAAACGAGAUCAUUGGCACCACCACAGAGGAGCUGGUACUCAAGGCAAGACAGGAGGGGACUCUUCAGUCUUCAUAAUGUUGCAUAGCCUUGAGGCCUAGAUGGUAAAUUCCCAAAGAGGGAUGUGUUAAAAACCUUUUCACUUGUACCAAAUGUAUGUAAUAUUUGUUGCAUCCUUUUGAUUAGUUGGAUUUCAUAUAAAUUUCCAGAUUGUGAUGAAUUCCUUGUGUUUUUCUCUCCUGCCGCCACUGCCACUGCCACUGCGUCUGCCGCUGCCCCAGUGGUGGUUGGUUUUAAGCAUAUUCUAUGUACAAUAUUGAUUCAUGUGAUUGUGUACAAUAAAGGAUGAACAGGAAGCUCCCAAAUUAAUUUGUCGUAUUUUACUUCUUUAUUCAUAUGAUAUUGUUAAAGAAA